AUGGCGUCCGCCGCCGCCACGACCACCUCCGCCACCACCGCCGCCCAGAACCCCAAUCCCCUUAAUCUCAACAUCAAGCUCCCCCCAUGGCUCAGCGGGCUGCGCUGCCCCUUCACCUUCCUCUGCCCGCCCCCGCCGCCACCGCCACCGCCUCCGCCGCCGCCUCCUCCCCCGCUGCCAUCUCCGGAACCUGUGGUCUCACGGCCGCGGAGGCUGCCGAGCCUGCGGGUGACCACGGAGUACGAUAGCGAGGAGGGCGUGUUCGUGAACAAGGUGUCGUGCAAGCUCGCGGGGGACCUCGCCAAGCUGCGGCUCUCCUUCCAGAGCGACCCGCAGGGCCAGUGGCAAGGGGGCGGGGAGGAAGGGGACCCACUUCAGCAGCUCUUCACCGCGCCUUUGGUGGGGCUCAUCACCAAGCACUUCUCUGUGCUCUACGAUGUCGAGGCACGCAACGCGCUGCUCAGCGGAGACUGCUCGCUUCCUGGAGGCGCCGUCCAGCUCCGUGCCUCGCACGAUGUCAAGGCACAACAAGGAGAAGUUUCGGUGAUAACUAGUCUGGGUGAUCCAUUGUAUAAAAUGGAGAUAUCAUCUUUGGUGCCUUACAGUGGUUUGCCAAGGGCAACAUUCCACUUCCCUAUUGGUCAAGUUUCAGUGGAAGAGAAGAGAAAUGAAGAUGACGAAAAGGUGCUGUCUGUAUAUGGGAUUGGAAAAUCUGAUUUCUUGGAUGGUGUUCUUACUGCUCAGUACAACGAAAAUGAUCUUAAUUUAAGAUAUUGUUAUAAGGACGAGGAAUUAACUUUAGUUCCAGGUGCCUCAUUGCCUUCCAAUGCAGUAUCCAUAGACUUCAAAAGGCGUUUUGGUCCUUCUGAUAAGUUGAGCUAUCAUUACAGCUUCGACACUGAUGACUGGAAUGCUGUUUAUAAGCAUACAGUGGGUAAAAAUUUCAAAGUGAAAGCUGGUUAUGAUUCUGAGGUGCGAGUCGGAUGGGCUUCUCUUUGGGUUGGAGAAGAAGGGGGCAAAGCGAAGACUGCGCCAAUGAAAACAAAACUUCAGCUUAUGCUUCAAGUACCCCAGGAUAAUCUCAGAAAUCCUGUUUUCCUCUUCAAUGUGAAGAAACGAUGGGAUCUGUAA